UUGUUUACUAACAUUAAAUCCUGUUGGUAAAAUUGUUAAGAUUCAAAGCAUUGAAAGUGAAAGAAUACAGUAUAUUACUAUUAAAAUUCGCAAGAGACCUAAAUUAGAAUUUUUUUUUAAAAUUUGAAUUUAAUUUAAAAUUCAAAUUCUGAAAGUAACAAUGCAGUGCUCCAAGUGGGCAAGAUUUCAAACGAACUGUAUAAGUAUAUUUAGCACGUCGUUUAAUAAAAACUUUUGUGUUGUAGUACAAGGAACACAAAAUAACAGUUAUUUAAAAAAUGAUUUGAUAUUGGAUGGACGCUCUUAUAAGCGUGAUGAAUGGACUAAUGUUAGUUCGAAAAUCCUGUCAUAUGUUGGAAGGAAUCUUCACCUCCAAGAGCACCAUCCUCUGUGCCUCGUGAAACGUAACAUAAUCAACUACUUUUACAAAAAUUAUGUGGAUCGAACUGGAAACCCAAUUUUGUCCGUGCAUGAUGAUAUAAAGCCAGUAGUAACAGUAAAAUAAAAUUUUGACAGCUUGUUGACCCCCGUGGAUCACCCCAGUCGACGUAAAAGAGAUUGCUAUUACAUUAAUCGCGAUUAUUUACUGCGAGGACACAUGACAGCCCAUCAGUCUUCUCUGAUAUCCAUGGGUUUGAACAAUUUCUUGAUUGCGGGUGAUGUAUAUCGCAUUUUCCUGUGUUUCAUCAAAUUGAUGCAGUGCGACUCCGCUCUGAACAUGAAGUGUUCAGACGCGCCCGGCGGCGAGGAGCCGCGCGUGUUCGAGCACGGCGGCACGCGCACGGACAGCAAGCAGCGGGAGCACACGCUCGAGGCCACCGAGGCGGUGUCGCACGAGCUGAAUAACUCGCUCGUCGGGUUGGCGCGGUCGCUCUUCGGUGAAGAGGCGGAGCUGCGCUGGGUGUAAACCUACUUCCCGUUCACCCACCCGUCCUGGGAGCUGGAGGUGCGGUGGGGCGGCGAGUGGCUGGAGCUGCUGGGCUGUGGCGUCGUGGAGCACCGGAUACUGCAGACUGCUGGGACCGUUGGCCAUAUUGGCUGGGCGUUCGGCAUUGGCCUAGAACGUUUGGCGAUGCUGCUGUACGGAAUCCCAGACAUAAGACUGUUCUGGAGCAAGGAUUCUGGAUUCCUGUCUCAGUUUCAAGGGAAAAAGCCAGAGGAUCGCAUUACAUACACGCCUGUGAGCAUAUAUCCCCAGUGUGCAAAUGACAUAAGUUUCUGGUUGCCUCAAGAUCAGACAUUUUCACCCAAUGAUUUCUACGAUCUUGCUCGCAGCAUUGGUGGGGACAUCAUUGAACAGGUUUCACAAUUCUGGAAAGCAACAAAAUGCUGAAGAAUGUACCUGCGACUGUCAAUAAAAUUCUUGUACACACAGAAAACAUUCUGAAUUUGAAUGAACUGAAGAUAAAAGCAGGACAGAAUCCAACUGAUGAGUUGAUCGAGAGCCUGAAAAUAACUCUCGACAGGUGGACUCCAGUUGACAAUGGCACGACUGACACACUGGAGAUUCGUGGGAACAGCGGACAUUGUGCGUCCAUUCCCGAGUCUGAGUCGAGAAGUGACCUGAAGAUCAGCGUGAAGGUGUUCAUAUCCUCUCUCAAAACUGAAGCAUUGAGCGAGGCUCUUGAGAAAGUGUUUGCCGCGCUGGGGGUCGGCUUCGUGGACUCGCUGGUGCUGGCCUACCCCAGCCAGUCGGAGCCCGACGCGCUGCUGCCCGCGCUGCAGGAGCUGUGGCGAGUCCUGGAGAGCAGCGUGCAGCUGCAGAGGCUGGGCAGCAUCGGCGUCAGCGACGUGGACACCGACGUCUUCAUCUCGCUCUACCACUGGGCCCAGGUGAAGCCCAGCAUUGUGCAGAUAAACCUGGCGACCUGCUGCGUGGUGCCGCCGGCACUGCAGGACUUCACCAAGGAACACAACGUGCAGCUCCUCACGCACAGCGAUCCCUUCGAGAUACUACCGAAGGCAGCGCUGAACGAAGUGUUUGGAGCUACGGAAGACGACGUGAGCUUGUUCUGGGCCCGGAGGUUCCAAGUUCACGUCAAGUGCCGUGGAGUUCUCGCCAGUAAAGGUUACCUAUUGUGCGUGCAUCGCACUGGUUAGUCGGACAGAACACAUUAACACAACAAUUGAGGUUUAGUGUAUCUUGCAGCAAUAUAUUUUUUCAAUGUUGCUGGUACACAGAAAGGUGUUUAAAAAGUUUUUCCAUACACCAUACAUCAAGGGAUGUCAAAAUUUUCCUGAAUUGAGUUGUGGAAAACUGUCAAAAAACUACUUUAGUUGAAUCCAAAGAAACACAGGUGCUGUAUUUUAGUUCAAAAAGUAUUAUGUUUAUUUUAAAUUUGUGUAAUAUAUGUUUCAAAGAAAGCUGAAAGAGAAUAUUUCAUGUACAAAAAAUUUGUUGUCUAAAUUUUUGAAUUUUAAACAGUAUUCUGCUGCAAAGACUAGUAUUGGAAUUUCCAGAAUAUAUUUGUGUAUUCAAACAUUGUGAAGCAAAUUACGGCAGUUUCUACAAGAAAACUGUAAUGUGUUAUUACAGGCAUACAUUAACAUCACAAGAGAGUAUUGUAUACCAAAUUUCCUUAGGACAAUGUAUUACUGAUGUCUCAUUUCUUAAUUCAAUGAUCUAAUGUACACAAAUAAAAGUUGUGUACUCAUAUAAAGUGCAGAGUUCAAAGUUCAAAGGGUGGCGGGGUGACAAAUGUCUAGAAUUUUUCGUCAGAGGCUGUGAGUAAAUUAAAGUAUGAAAACUAGAGAAAUGUGUCAGACAAAACUGUUAUGUAAUUUUGAACUAAGAAGUUAAAUAAGAGGAAAGAAACUCUCUCAAGACAUGUCAAGUGUUUCAGAAACACAUUUAUUUGUAUUAUUAAUUAUGUAGUUAUUUUUGUAAAAAGGUCUGCAUGGGAGAAGUAUGUGAAACCAGUUGACUGUAUUGUAAGUUACAAAUAAAUGGGGUCAUAUUGUAAUGAUUGCAUUGUAGUAUUUAGCAUGUAAAUUUAAGGUAAAGAUGUGAUGCAUAGAUUUUUUUCAACAUUUUGGAUUUUCCAAUAUUCACAUGCAUGUACUUUUUCUGUGAAUGUUUUUCGGAAUGAGUUGCAACUAAAGUUGAUGUCCAACUGCGUAAAACUAGCAAAAUUCUUCUUCUAGUUUGUGGUCAGUACUUGCUGUUUGCUGCCGUAGCAAAUACAUUAGAGACCUGUACAUGUACAGGACAGCUCUGUGCUACAGCACAGGCAGUGUGUAACAAGUUUUUGUGAUGCAACUGUAUAUUCAAACAUUGUUUUUGGCUUGAGAUCUCCCAUGCUUUCUACUGCAACAAUCCUAUGGUAAAACUGCUGUAAAGGGCCUUUUUUUUAUAGGAGGAACAGACAAAAAAAUCGGAGCAGCAUACCGUCUUUUCUCUUUCUGAAGACAGAUAUAAAAAAAUACAAUAGACAAGAAAGGGAAACACUAGUAUAAAAAAUAGUAUUCUUGGGCUAUGUCUGUGAAGGAUGUAAAAGGGAAUCAGUGCCGUGUUUCCAACAGCAGUAAGCUGAGACAUGGACCAUCAAGACUUUGCUUGUGUUCCACUGGAGACAGAUUUACAGUGCUACCCAUAUUAGAAGGCAAUUCUUGAAAAUGUAACAUUUAUUUUGCCCAAAAUUAUAGAUGUGACCCUUCCGUGGGUACAUAAUGUAUAUUUUGCAUGGGAUUUAUUGUUUGUUCACCAACAAUAUGGCGCGCAUUAUUCAAAACAAACCACCAAUGAUUUCACAAUUUUAAUCGGAUUGCACUGCAAUGAUGCGUUUUAACUACCAUUAGGUAACAACAAAAAAACAACUGACUAGAAAAACAUCACAUCCGGGCGCCAGGUGGACCACCUGUUAAACCGAAAAUUCCUCAACUUUCAGGCAGGCUGGCCAACAUGACAUUUUUGUUCUUCUCUUCAAGCACUGCACUGUUUACACUAAACAUUUAUUACUCUCAAUUAUUUUCCCAUAAAAAGAACAGAAAUAUCUGACAUUCCUUUUAAAAAUGCAACAGCGGUAGCCAUCCCGAUUUUACGAAUGCAAUCCAUGUAACCUUGAGCAUACGUAAAAUCAGUGUUCUAUUGUAGUGUUUAGCAUUGAGGAAACUGUUUAAAAUUACUGUAUUUAAUGGAAGUGACUGUUCAACGAUGGAGAUUAUAAUUCAUACAUCCUAACCAUCAGACUUGGCCAUGCACCAUUUCCAUAUUGUUUUGGAUGUGACAAUAUGGCAGUGGUUAGAUAAAAAAAAAUUACUUCAAAUAUGUUGCAUGCUUUUUCUUGACAAUUCACAACUCCCAGGAAUAUUUGCUGAAGCACCUGCAAAAAAAAUGGGUUGCCUUAUCCAGUAGUGUAGCCAGGAUUUGUGUAUGAGGGGUGUUAAGAAGCAUGGCCCCCCCACCCCCGUAUUAAAGCGGGGGGUCGGGGGGUCCUCCCCCAGGAAAAUUUGGAUUUUAAGGUGUAAAAUAGUGCUAUUUUAGCAGUUUUCGGUACUUAAAUUUAAAUAUUGUAAUGGUAAAUAUUUUAUUAAUUUUAAUAUGAAAUUUGUUUGAGUGAUGUAUAAGAAAUUAAUUAAAGGUUUUUUGCUAAGGGGGGGGGGUGUUAAACCCCUAACCCCCCCCCCCCCAGACUACGCCCCUGGCCUUAUCUGGAAUAGAGUAUUGAGGUAAGACAGCAUACUACAAGCAUGCAAAUUAACAAAAAAUUGCAUUCAAGAAAAAUACUAAUGUAAAAACUUUAAAUGUUUUACAUUUGUAGGGAAACAGAUAUGACUAUUUUUGGUUCGUAGGCACGGUCAUUUGCGAUGGAGGAAAUCGAGUCAGAUAUUACUCACGUAUUUUCACUCCUAAGAUCGCAUCAGUUCUGUUGCGCCCUAUGAUAAUUACAUAUAAUUAAUGUAAACGUCGUUUAGAAACAUCCUUUUACUUGAAUGACCUAAAUAGCUUCGUCGCUUAUCAGAUUAUUAAGGGAUCCAACCCCGGCGAUUUUGACUGUGACGCCACAAUUUUAUAACUCUCUUAUUCUUAAUUUUAGUUCCAAACUCUUCAUUAUUGCAACUCGGCCUCCCAUUGGCCGGAACAAAAACACCGUUAACGUAAAUUAACACUUUAUAAUAAAAUCCAACUUCACCCAAAACGUCUUAAAGUGUCAAAACGUCACAAAUUUAAAAUGUUAUUUUUCAACAAUAAACACUCUUUUAAAUAAAAUCAGUGUCAAAAGCUUAAAUCACCGUUAAAACCAAUAAGGCCCUAGAGGGGUCUAGUCAAAUGCUGCUUAAAUGUCAGCUUGAAUUAUAUCAAAGAUUCCGACACACGUUAAAUUACACAAAAUAAAUCGUUUAAACGGAAAAAUAUAAACAAACAACGAUAAAUACAAUAAAAUGUUAGUAAAUAAAUAGUUUGUUUACAUUCUGUGCAUGCAGUAGUCAUAAAUGUAACAGCACAGAAUUGCCGCCCUUGGGAAGCAUAGUGUACUGUGGCUCUCAAGUCUUAGCACACAGCACAGUAUGGGUCUCAGUUACCAUACACUUCGUUUAAAUUUUAAAAAACUUCGUCGCUAGGCAACACGUAGAACGGCACAAUAGGAGAAAAAAAAACACACUUUCGGCGCGAGGAGGGAACUUCACCCCUCCACUUCUCCUGGAUUCGCGCUCACUCCCACCAUUUGGUGGUGAGCCGACACAGGGAUUAGACCUGCGAUCGUUGACUGCGCGUUUUCCCGCGCGAACUGCAGCUAGGCUGAAGUUCUCGACGUCAUCAGCUCUGGAACUGUUUCUGAUGCAGUGGCACUCGGAGGACUAUACUUACGGUAUGUAUUGGUCGCAAUCACUCGGGAAAUGCAAUAAAAUGUACUUGUUGCAUAACAAUGGAAUGUUCUGCAGGUCAUCACGUAGCAGUGGGCCAGCCUCCAACUGCGGUGCGGACAGCACCCUGAGGAAAGCGAACCCGGAAUCAGCAACGUCGGGUGGCGCCUCUCGUGACCUUGGACAGCCCUGCCGGACCAAAUCCGGCCCAGGACCUCAGCUGACGUCUGGGCGCGCGCGGCGCCGACGGGAGUCGUCAACACCUGUUCCCGCUGGGAACAUGUCGUCUCGUAGCAGCAGAUCCUGCCGCCCUGGCCCUGGAACCAGUGCGUGACGCGGCGAAACACCGCGGCGACAGCACAUCGUUGCAGCACAAGUCAUUGUUAGGUACACUCCCAAAGGAAUUCGCGUCUAUGUUCCCCUACUUGCCGAGUGGAAUCACUGCACUCUUUUAACUUAAACACCUCGGUCCGUAAUCAAAGUUUAUCACUAUCAUAUGUGUGAUCGUGCACUUGUAAGCACGAGUGUCUGCAGGCCUAUCAACUUCCAUUCUUAACGCAAUAGAGCCAUAUGCCAAGUUAGGGAUAUUAAGAAUGAUAAUAUUACUUUAACAAUAAAAUCUUAGCUUACUUACAAUGCCAUUCUCUUAAUUCCUAAUAACAAUAAUAUAAAUUAGUAAAUAUUAAGCUCAUAAAGCAAUAAUAAACUAUUAACAUUGUUUGCAAAUUAUAAUACAUUUGCAUUAUCUCAAUUAAUUGAGUAACAUCCUCAAAUAUAUACAAUGUUGUACUGUAUUGGUAAUAUGCAGUCUUAUACAUGAUGCUGCUUAUGUGUUUCAUCACAUUUCUCAUCUCAUUUACAUGCAUUUUGUGCAUUUACAUUUCAUCAACAAUACAUAAACAUUAACAAUUCACAAUAUCACUUCAAAACAUAUACCGUAUUGGCCCGAAUAUAAGGCGACCCCGUAUAUAAGGCGACCUGUAGUUUCAGGAGGCCAAACAAAUGUAAAAAUAAUUUUGGUAGAAAUUAAAGUGAAAAUUCAUUAGACAUACAUUUUGUGUUGAUAAAUCCUUUUUGCAUUGAUGUAUAACAAUUAAAUUAUAUUUAUCACAUUACUUAUUUAAAAAAAGGUUUGAAUGGCCUACCCUAACAGUAAAAAAAAAAAAUAAUAAAAA